CGCCCAGGUUUUUCCCCCAUUUCACGGUACGAUUUACUCGCCAAUUCAGCGUACUGUACUCGAUUUACUCGCCAAUUCAGUGUACUGUACUCGAUUUACUCGCCAAUUCAGUGUACUGUACUCGUUUUACUCGCCAAUUCACUGUACUCAUGGAUACCAAACCCUCAAGUACCUUGGAGGAAAAUACGAUUACUACUGGCGCCGAAAGCCCACCAGAUUAUACGGACGUGGUCGACCAGGUUGCACAUGAAGAAGAGCGAGACAGGGCUCGUAUGAGAGAUUAUAUGGAAGUGAUGAUGACGAGCUAUGGUGACAGGGUGGCGAAAGUUAUUAUUGACGAUCAAGGUGUUCGAUUCAUUUUGAAAUGAUGGUGGCAAAAGUCUAUACAGUUCGCAAAUUGUCCGGUGAUUACGUUGAUACGACUUGUAAUUCGCACUUAUGUAGGAGUGGUAAUGUGCACAUACUGUACACGAGCCAGAGCUAGGGUAAAAACAAAUAUAUUUAUUUAAAAAAAUGUAUAUACAUCAUUUCAAAACAAAGCUAAAACCAUCCUGAUCCAGC